AGACAAGCGCGGCUCCGGGAGGGCGCAGUUCGGCCCCACCGCCUGGCCCGUGCUCCCGGGCGCAGCCAAGCGGGCGCACCGCAGACAGACGCCUUUGCCAUGAACCAGCCUGCCCCCGCUGCCCUUCCUCCGCCCCGCCGCGUACGGCUGAAGCCCUGGCUGGUGGCCCAGGUGAACAGCUGCCAGUACCCGGGGCUUCAGUGGGUCAAUGGCGAAAAGAAAUGCUUCUAUAUCCCCUGGCGCCAUGCCACGCGGCACGGCCCCAGCCAGGAUGGAGAUAACACCAUCUUCAAGGCCUGGGCCAAGGAGACGGGAAAGUACACCGAGGGGGUGGACGAGGCUGAUCCGGCCAAGUGGAAGGCCAACCUGCGCUGUGCCCUUAACAAGAGCCGUGACUUUCGCCUCAUCUAUGAUGGGCCCCGGGACAUGCCGCCUCAGCCCUACAAGAUCUACGAGGUCUGCUCCAAUGGCCCCACUCCUGCAGAGUCACAGCCCAGUGAGGAUUACACUCUCGGUGCAGGAGAGGAGGAGGAGGAGGAAGAGGAAGAGCUCCAGAGGAUGUUACCAAGCCUGAGCCUCACAGAAGCAGUGCAGCCUGGCCCCCCCAUGGCACCCUAUUCUUUACCCAAAGAGGAUGUCAAGUGGCCACCCACUCUCCAGCCGCCUGUGGUGCUGGGUGCCCCUGCUCCAGACCCCAGCCUCCUGGGCCCUGCCCCUGGCAACCCUGCUGACUUUGGGGAGCUGCUUUCUGAAGUCCUGCCGAGCCCACAGCCUGGGACCCUGGCUGCCAGCCUGCCCCCAACAGGCGAACAACUCCUGCCCGACCUGCUGAUCAGCCCUCACAUGCUGCCUCUGACCGACCUGGAGAUCAAGUUUCAGUACCGGGGGAGGCCACCCCGGGCCCUCACCAUCAGCAACCCCCAUGGCUGCCGGCUCUUCUACAGCCAGCUGGAGGCCACGCAGGAGCAGGUGGAGCUCUUUGGCCCUGUGAGCCUAGAACAAGUGCGCUUCCCCAGCCCCGAGGACAUCCCCAGCGACAAGCAGCGCUUUUAUACCAACCAGCUGCUGGAUGUCCUGGACCGCGGGCUCAUCCUCCAGCUACAAGGCCAGGAUCUGUAUGCCAUCCGCCUGUGCCAGUGCAAGGUGUUCUGGAGCGGGCCCUGCGCCUCAGCCCAUGGCUCACACCCCAACCCCAUCCAGCGGGAGGUCAAGACCAAGCUCUUCAGCCUGGAGCAUUUUCUAAAUGAGCUCAUCCUGUUCCAGAAGGGCCAGACCAACACCCCACCACCGUUUGAGAUCUUCUUCUGCUUUGGGGAGGAGUGGCCUGAUCGCAAACCCCGAGAGAAGAAGCUCAUCACUGUACAGGUGGUGCCUGUAGCAGCUCGGCUGCUGCUGGAGAUGUUCUCAGGGGAGCUUUCUUGGUCGGCUGAUAGCAUCCGGCUACAGAUCUCAAACCCAGACCUCAAAGACCGCAUGGUAGAACAGUUCAAGGAGCUCCAUCACAUCUGGCAGUCCCAGCAGCAGCUGCAGCCUGUGGCCCAAGCCCCUCCUGUGGCAGGCCUCAGUGCUGGCCAGGGGCCCUGGCCCAUGCACCCAGUUGGCAUGCAGUAAUGAGGCUGCAGACAGUGACUGGCCCAGGCUUCCAGGGUGGCUGUGCAGACUGAUGUGGAGGUGCGAUGGCCUCAGUGGGCACCUGGUGGGCGGCAGGGUCCUAUCUCUGGGUCCUCUGGAAGUGGAUCUGGGUCACGAAUAAGAGGGAAAAGAGGCCCGAGUUCCAGGUUCUCCUCAGAAGCUGAAGGAAACUGGAAGCCAGUUUUGCUUUGAGGACUCUGUCUUCCUGGAUAUGCCUCUCCUGGGCUGGCUGUGGGGGAACUGGGGGAACUGAGCCAUCGGCACCAGUGAGGAGGGAAGGAACUCCCCCCGACUCCAGGGGGCCUAGUUGUACAGAGGGAGUUGCCCCAGAGUGACCCAUACUUGCGGUUGCCCCCAUUUCUUCUGGCAAAAAGAGCCAAGUGCUGUGGGUCAGGUCUCCCUGGCAGGUCCUCUGCAGGGCAUGGACCGGAUAUUGGGGUUCCCUAGCUUGAGCCCCACUUCCUCAUCUUUCUUCCUCCAGAGAUAGAGAUGAGCACUUGGGUAUUACACCAGAUACUUAAGGCUGGCAGCUACCUCCCUUCAGAGUCCAAGAACCUGGGGUAGAAAGUGGAAUUUUACAUAUUUUUGGAUUAAUAAAUAUUAAAAAACAGACUCAGCUAUUAUUUUCCAGUACCGGUUGCUCCCAUGCUAUUCUACUAGACCAUAUGUCUCAUACCAGCUGGCCCUCUUUCCCCCAGCACCUGCCCUCCUGCUCUGGGGCCACUGACACAGGGAGGGCUUGCCUUCCAGGCUGAUGAGUCAGUGGGGCCUUCAUAAGCACUCAGGCUGGCUGGCUUUGCUUUCCAGAAGGAAGCUGGCUGAAGCA